GGAGGAUUUUAAUGGAGAACUGAGGAAGUGCCUGCAGGUGGACUUGACCUCCAUACCUAUUCUGGCUCUCUUUGGGCUUUACAUAAACUUCUCGCCUGCUUUAUUUUGUAGCUUCUGCAGCCAGGAUGGCAGUCUGAAGGAAGACCUGGAGGCCAGUGAGGCAGCUGUCCUCUGUCAGCUCCCCAGGGCCAAGCCAGGCCAGCGGUGGGAUGUGGCCACGCUGCAGGCCUCGCUGAACAGCCACGCUGCCUUCCUGGAGGAGCACGAGCACCUGUGCACUGAGGAGCUGGCCACUGUGUUACACAGCAUGCUGGAUUCGGGCGAGGAGGCACCAGGAAGCCAGGCUCCACCGCUGCUGAGAGAGGUCCUUGCAGAAGAGUGUGGAGAUAGGUCAUCUGUUCAGAGUAAUGAAUCAUCUUACAGCUUGCCAUCGAUCCCAAAUGACGGCAGGGAAAUGGAGCAGGCAAAACAUGUUCCGUGGCUCGACAGCAUGGGAAAGCAAGAAGUCACAAGCUGGUGUGAAGAUGAGAGCCGGGAAGAGAGCGUGGUAGGAAAGAUUCCUAUUACAGCAGGUUGUGUCAUUGGAAAUAAUGGUUCUGAAGCAAAAGAAAGCCAAGAAAUGUGCUCCGAAAGGAGUUCAUCCAGUGAAAGAAGCGGUGACCUCUCAAGGCCUGAAUUCAGGAAGGGAGCGAUAACUGCUAUAAAAUCCAAAGCUUUCUGGGGCGAAUCUGACGAUAGCAGCUCUGAGGCUGUGGAUGUUUUGCGUCCACAAACUCACAGCCCAGAAACAGAUGACUUUGAUGACUUCUAUGAUUGAAGUUCCACCACUUGCUUUUGGGAAGCAAAUCAACAGCAUCGUCUUCCACAACUUGAAUGCUGCUGUCUCAGAAGUGCACCUCAGAGGUUGAUAUUUGCAUUUAAAUACAGAAUAAAGAUUGCUUGGUAUUCUACGU